CUAGUGAUUCACCAUUUUUCAACGGAAGAGAGGCGCAUGCAAGCAAUAAAAGAGAUGGCUCGCAUCUUGAGAGUAGGAGGCCAGAUAAUGAUAUAUGUGUGGGCAAUGGAGCAAAAACGGAGAAGAUUUGAAAAGCAAGACAUCUUUGUUCCUUGGAAUCCUUCACCCCCUUCCUGCUCCUCGGGUGAGCCUUGCUCAUGUGGAGUACAAAAAUCAAUUCUUCACAAGGACAAAGAGCUGGCUUUGAACCAGCCCUGUCAUAAGUUGGAUGGGACUUCAGAGGUACACAGGACAGCAAAGAGCUCAUCCUGUGGAGGCGAGAAAAAAGCGCCGUACACGGUGUUAGAGAAAUCUCUGAGAUGGUCUCUGUUCUCAAGAUCGCUUGACUCGGUAUUAGAUGUGGGUGAUCAGUGGCACCAAGAAGAGCUCAUUAGAUACUGCAAUUACGGUGUUCAGCUGAAUGAAUUAAACAGAGGAAAAAAAGUUGAAAAAAACAGAGAGUGUGGCUUUCUGAAACGCACUUCCAACUUUUUUCUACAUUGCAAACAGAGUUUUGAAAAUACAACGGCUUUUGAAGCGGCUGUUAAACCUGUGCUGCCCAUGUCACGCUGCUCGAAGGCUUUCAGAAGUUGCUAUUCAGAAUUAGGGCAAGCAACUAUACAGCUGCCUAUGGCUGCAGAUACUAUUCAUGGCUGCAGUGGAGUCUGUUUACCUGACCUGAUUUCACAUCAGAAAGAAUUAGCUGUCAGACAACAACUUAAAAUAGACCAUCACCCAAAACAAGGAGCUUUCUGCCAACCUCAGAACAAAAGAACAGACUCUUCUCUGCAGAAAGCAGUCAAUGAGCGCUCCCUAACCACGCAGAGAAGACAGCAGACGGGUGCUGGGGGGGCAUGGCUGAGGUACUACCACGUUUUUAAAGAAGGGGAGUUGGCUGAGCUGAUAGAGCGUCACAUUCCUGAGCUACAUAUUACUCACUCAUACUUUGACCAUGCCAACUGGUGCGUGAUCGCAGAGAAGACUGAAGUGUGGAAGAUAUAG